AUGGCUGAAUCGCAGCUUGUCUGUAUGGAAGAUGGCCUCAUCCAGGCCCCUUUCCCGGAGUCUAGACCAGAAUUUUACUACAGCGAGAGCCACCGAGUAGCUUUGGAGACCCUUCUUAAAGAAGACGACGGUGCCUUCAAGUUGCGUCUGAAUAAAGACAACGUCAAAGAUUUCCUGUCCGCGCGUGAAAUCAAGUGGCUAAGAAAUAAUUUUUUAAAAUAUAAAAUGGACGAUGACAUCGAGGAGGAUGAAUCUGCGGAGUCCGAACCCGUACCUGAGAAAACUGCCGAAAGAAGUUCGUCAAUGCGUUCGACCUACUGGCCAGAGCGGUCAGAUACGGAUAUACCCCCUUUGGACAUAGGCUGGGCAUCAGGAGGGAAAUAUAAAGGGGUGACGCGAGUGAACGUCUAUACCCACCCACCCAAAGAAAGUGAACCACACAUUAAACAAGUUGUGCGGAAAUUAAUUCAAGAAGCCCAAAAGGUGGUGGCUGUUGUUAUGGACCUCCUCACAGACCUGCAGAUCAUCCAGGAUCUGAUGGAUGCAGCCUUCAAACGCCGCGUGGCUGUCUACAUUAUCCUGGAUGUCCAUGGAGCGCCACACUUUCUGGACAUGUGUCAUAGGCUGGACAUUGGUGCAAACCAUUUACAGAAUAUGCGAGCUCGAACAGUGAAUGGUUUUGGCUUCAACCUCUCCUUUGGAAAAAUCCCUGGUAAUCUGUGCUAUAAGUACAUGAUUGUUGAUGGUGAAAAAGUCAUGUUUGGGUCAUACAGCUUCUCCUGGUGCACAUCACGCGUAGACCGGAACAUGAUCACGGUCAUGACGGGCGCAAUCGUGGACUUUUACGACAAUGAUUUCCGUGAACUCUAUGCCAUCUCAGACAAUCUGGACCUCUUUAAGGAAUUUCACAUCAGUAAACCUUCCAAGGUCACUGUGACACGACCAUCUGCGGUGCAGCCCAAACGACCCACCAUCUCGGCCACCUCUCGUUUCCAGGUCACCCUGGGAGACUCCGCGGGGCUCCCGCUGAAUAUUCCAGACCACAAAUACCACAACCCCAUAUACUCACUUCUGUACGGACACACACCUGGAGCCACAGGCUCCCUCCGCAGCUUCGAUAAGAAAGAGAGGUCAGAUGUCGAGGACAUUUUAGUUACGCAGAAGACAGUGGCAAGGGCCUCCAGCGACAAAAUAGGAACGCUCAAGCGUACAUCCACGGUCACCCCAAAUGACGCCUCAAAUAAGGUGUCAGAUAAAAAACCAAAUGCUUUAGGGAGGUUACUCAUGUGGUUUAAGAGAUCAAAUCAGAGCGAACAGGGAACAGCAGAACCUCAUGACUCUCCUCCAUCAGAGAUAAGUAAGACAGAGGAACCAGCACCAAACAGCACUGAGGACCAAUACGCAGAACAGCCAGCUACCCAAAAGAACAAGGGCAAAAAGUUUACUUUUCUCAAAAGGAACCCAUCCAAAAAAGGAGCCAACGCAACUGAGGAGAAAAGUAGGUACAACCCUUGA